GUUGUGUGUUCAAUUGAAGUGGUGAUGGCAUAUGAAAUUACUAUUAAAUGAAGGGCCGACUGAUGAGACUAGGCGUCUCUUAAAGACGUGAGUGCCUGGUUUUAAGUCAGCCAAACCAUACAGCGAAGUUUAGCCUAUGCUUUCACUCAGAAGUACAGAAGUAGCUUCCAAUCUCUUGAGUAGGAUUCUAUGACCUUUCCUCCAAUGUGACAAAUGGGCCGUUUAGGUUGCGGAUAGCUAGGGCAUUUGAAGGCAUUUUCCUUCCAAUGUUUUUUGUGAUUCUUGCUAUAAUGCUAUGCGAGUUGCACCAAAUUUACGACUAACGGCGAUGUAUUCAUAAGCAGGACCUUUAACAUUACCCAGGGCAGCCGGAUAUGACGUAAAUGUGAAACGAACGUUUCCUCAUGUUUCUAUAAACCGAGCUCUGUCAGCUAGGUUGGUUCAAUGUAUGAACGGGCUUCCUCACGGCAGCUUAAGGUCUCUUACCUCCAUGACUCCUUUCUGAAUAAGCGAUCACCUUUUUAGCACUAAUGUUUAUCUUUAGAGUGUUGCCCGUAUUCUGGGCUUUAUCAGUGAAGGCAGACUUCUUUCAUUUCGAUAGUAUAUCUAACGUUUCUAGCUACUAUUUCAAUUACAUUUAUUGUAAUAUCUGGGAGGGGGAUUGCCAGCCAAAUCAAGACGAUGCGACCCAACAAGUCCCAGCAAGGGAUCUGUGGCCGGGAUUCCCACAGGAUUAUAUUCGUAUGAUGAGUGAAUGGUAUUGUAGCCUGGGACAGUGUUGUGAGUCAGGCGACUGUCGAAUUACAAACAAUAUCACAAGAAUGGCCAGAGACCUACAACAAAAGCUUCAUGGGCAGCACCUGGCCCAAGCAGUGGUUCUGAAAGCCGUGCAGGGCUUUAUAGAAAACCCAGACUCCAAUAAGCCCCUCACCCUCUCCUUCCAUGGCUGGUCCGGCACUGGAAAGAACUUUGUGGCCCGAAUAGUGGCAGACAACCUCUAUCGUGAUGGGGUGAAGAGCGAGUGUGUGCGGCUGUUCAUCGCCCCCUUCCAUUUUCCACACAUCAGACUCGUGGACGUAUACAAGGGUCAGCUUCGAGAGGCAAUCAGAGACAUGGUGCUGCGGUGUCCUCAGACACUUUUCAUCUUUGACGAGGCCGAGAAGCUGCACCCAGGCCUCAUCGACGCCAUCAAGCCCUACAUGGAUCAUUACGACAACGUGGACGGGGUGAACUACAGAAGGGCCAUAUUUCUCUUCCUCAGUAACCUUGGGGGUGCAGCCAUUAAUGAAGUGGCACUGGACUUUUGGCACUCUGGCCAGAACCGAGAAGACAUUGGCAUGGAGGAUCUUGAACACCGUCUACGUGCAGAUGCCAUGGAGGCACAAGGGGGUUUUGCUCAGAGUGAACUGUUAUCAGGCCACCUGAUCGACUUCUUUGUGCCCUUCCUGCCGUUAGAGUACCGCCACGUCAAAUUCUGUGCACGGGACGCCUACCUCGCGCGAGGCAUCCAACCUACAGAGCCAACACUAGACGAAGUGGCAAAGGCCAUGCUGUAUGUGCCCAAGGAGGAGAAACUGUUCUCUGCACAGGGCUGCAAGUCCAUUCCCCAAAGAAUCCAUUUCUUUUUGCCCUGAUUGAGUACCUCGUAAGCAACCAAAAGAAACAUUACGUUGAGGUAUUGGGUUUGCAGUUCACAGAUGCUCAAUUGAAAUACAAAAUGAGCCUAAUACAGGUUGGACAUUUGAGUCCCCGAUUACACACUGCCAAUGAACAUAGCUAAGGGGAGUGUGGUUCAAAUACCAGGACUAUUUUGGUAACACUGUCUUUGCCUUUAUUUUUGCCUUCAUUGCAGUCAGUCAGUUAUCGGACAGUGUCAAACAUCGGCCAUUCUGUUAAACAAUCAAAAUGCUAAGUUUAAUAAUGGAUUAA